AUGGACGAACCUAUCACGGAGUGUGUGAUUACCCCGGCAGUAUCCGAGGACUCCAAGCAUGCCCACUGGAUGAAGGAGGCCCUGAAGAUGGGAGAGACAGCCCUGGAGCAUGGAGAGACUCCAGUGGGAUGUGUCCUGGUCUACGAUGGCAAGAUCGUGGGAAGAGGCAUGAAUGAUACCAAUCGGUCGAUGAAUGGAACCCGCCAUGCCGAAUUCCUGGCCAUUGCAGAAAUGCUCCAGAGCUAUCCCAAGACUGCUCUCCAGUCCACCGAUCUCUACGUGACUGUCGAGCCCUGUGUCAUGUGUGCCUCGGCCCUCAAGCAAUACCGGAUCCGAAGUGUGUACUUUGGCUGUGCCAAUGACCGAUUUGGAGGCACCGGUGGUGUUCUGACCAUUCAUUCCGACCACUCAAUCGACCCAACCUAUCCGGUCUAUGGUGGCCUGUUUCAGAAGGAAGCCAUCAUGCUCUUGCGCCGCUUCUACAUCCAGGAGAAUGACAAAGCACCCAAUCCCCGACCCAAGAAGAACCGCGAGCUCAAUACUGCAUUCGACAGCGUGCGCGAAAUCGUGGCCACCAGUGGAGGCGAAGUACUGCCAAUCUCUUAG